AGAAAUUAAAAAUAAUCAAGAAUCUAUUAAAAAAUUUUAAAGUAUCUAUGAAUUUUCCCUUUUUUAUAUAAUUUAAAAAAAGAAAAUUUUUUUUCAGUAGAUUGAAGAUCUCGAAUAGCAUAGUAUGAGAAGAAAAAUAUUUUUAUCAAAUUUAGUUAGAUCAUAAUAACAAUGAUAUGUCCAUUUAAAGGAAGUUUAUAAUUCAAAACGAUGAAGAAUAUACAACUACAAAUAAAAUAUUUCGAAUUUCAAAAAUUAUAUAAAUCCUUAGCUUUUUCCUUCGAAAAAUCUUCAGUUCGAUUCGAAAAAAACUAGAAGUCGAAACAAAAAAAAAAUAAAAUAAAAUAAAAACAAAAAUAAAGUUAAAGAAGUCUAAAAUUCAAUUAUGAAGUUCACGACUCUUGCUUGUUUGGCAAUCUUGGGGAUUUCGACCUUGAAUGAAGUCAAUGCUGCUCCUAUUGCCGAGAUCGGAAUAAAUAAUAAACGCGACACAACACCUUCAUAUGAUUAUAAAGACAAAAAGGACAAAAAAGAUGAUUAUUAUGGUGGCAAAGAUGAUGAAUACUAUGGCGGAAAAGAUGAUGAUUACUAUGGCGGCAAAGACGACAAAUAUGAUGAUGACAAAAAGAAAUCCUACUACAGACGAUCUGCCUUAGCCUCCCGGGGUAACAAAGAUGAUGAUUACUACGGCGGCAAAGAUGAUGAUUACUAUGGCGGCAAAGAUGAUGAUUACUACGGCGGAAAAGACGAUAAAUAUGAUGAUGACAAAAAGAAAUCAUACUACAGACGAUCUGCCUUAGCCNNCCCAGGCGACAAAGAUGAUGAUUACUA